AAUCACAAAAAUACCUCCUCUCUCCUUCUCUCUUAGAAAUGCCAGUACUCUCUUUCGCUGCUCUACCCGUUCUCACAUAUUCAAACCCGAACCCGACCCGUAUAAGGAUCCGCUCAUAUGGCAGCAAUCAUCAACCCGCAGACCUCUCAAUCAGAAUCGCCGCCGUAUCGAACAAUAAUUCAUGCUCGCCGGCGGCGGACUUUCUCCGGCGACUCUCUGUUUCCUCCGUUGCUAUCAUCGGCCUGGGGGUGAGCAGCCUUUGGGCCUUUCCUCCCCCAUCUUCGGCCUGCAUUUCUCCUGCUUCUCCGCCCCCAUUAGUUCACCCACAGGAAACUCUCGAUACUGAUAAUAAUGUGGGUGAAUCUGAAGAAGUGGAGAAUAUCGAAGACGAGGAUUUAAAAUCGGAAUUUGAACGAUGGAAAACGAAAUCAUACGCGUUGACUGUCCCUCUCAAAAUAGUUGCUCUGGAAGGCUCACUGCCUACCGUAUGGGUUCGGGAAUUCUUAAAAUCUCAAGGAAAGAGGGUGCAGUUCCGUCCAGCGUUCCGUCGAAGCCUCAGAGAUAUAUUUAACGAACUCUCGAAUCCAAUAAAGAACGGUAAAAUAAAUCCUAAAUCUGCUGUGGCAGCUGAUCUUGUUACUCUUGGUGAUUCGUGGCUAAAUUUUGCCAUUGACAAGGGGUUAAUUGAGCCCAUAGAAGGAGCCGAAAAUCAAGACUGGUUUCGUGAUUUAAGUCACAAAUGGAAGGUAUAUUUACGCAGGAGCACCGAGGGGAAUUUAGAUUCUCAGGGAAUAAUAUGGGCCGUGCCUUAUCGUUGGGGAAGUAUGGUCAUAGCGUAUAAUAAAAAAGAAUUUCAAAAGCAUAAUUUGGCUCCAAUAGAGGAUUGGUCGGAUUUAUGGAGCCCUAAACUUGCUGGAAAGAUUUCGAUGGUUGACUCACCUCGAGAGAUUGUUGGAGCGGUGCUGAAGUAUAUUGGAGCUUCGUAUAAUACUACUAACAUUGACGCUCAAGUUGUUGGAGGGAAAACUGCCGUGCUGCAGCAGCUGGAAUUGCUUGUUCAACAGGUACGAUUAUUUGAUACUCAGCACUAUCUGAAAGCUUUCAGAGCAGGAGAUGUAUGGGUGGCUGUUGGAUGGAGCAGUGAUGUUCUUCCUGUUGCUAAAACAAUGUCGAAUGUUUCCGUAAUAGUUCCUAAAUCUGGUGCUAGCUUAUGGGCGGAUUUCUGGGUUGUACCAGCUGCAUCGAGACUUGUGACAGAUCAAAUUGGAGGAAGAAUUAGAGGACCAUCGCCGCUUGUACAACAAUGGGUCGAUUUCUGUUUGCAACCAGAAAGAGCUUCGCCUUUCAAGGAAGAGACUAUUUCCGGUGCAUCUCCGAUUUCGCUCGAAGCCUCAUUCGAAGAAGAGCGUAAAGAACGUAAAAAGGGUAGACCGAAUCUGGACACGAAUCUCAUUUGUAAUGUACCGCCUUCUGAAAUACUGUCCAAGUGCGAACUGUUGGAGCCGUUAUCGGAAGAUGCAUUUUCCGAUUAUCAGUGGCUAAUAAGUAGUUUGCAGAAGAAACCCAGUCAUAAUAUCGUGAACAGAUUGAGUUUUCCUAUGUAUUCUUUUUUUACGACGUUUUUGUCGAAAAUGCAGUUUAAGGCUGAAUGAAAUAACAGCAUUUCUGUGAAUUUUUGUACUUGUUAUUUACCUUCAGCUAAAUUGAUCUGUGUCAUUCCAAUGUUCAAAUUUAUUUAAUUUUUCAAUUAAAAGUCGAAAAGUUGUUCUUUUUUUUCAGAA